AUGGAAGUCUUGAAACAACGAAGCAUCAGAAAGAUCGUUUCGCUCGGAUCAUUCCGCAAGAAACGGGAUAGCCAUGGCUCUCAGAACAGUGGAUCUGUGCCUCGCACCUCCAGUUGGAGUAGUAUCUUUAGCAGAGCCAGCGAUGGUGGCAGCAGCAAAGACCUCAAAGACGAUGUCAAUGAGAGCACCGUUCCUCCCUUUGAACGUAAAAUGAGCCGUAUUCGCAAGGAUAAGAGACAAAGAAAAGUCGUCCUCAAAGAGUUCGUCCAGAGAUCCACAACCGAAGAAGUACUUAACCUCAGAGACGUGCUUGAUCAGGAGGAUAGAAGUUGGAGGUAUGUCAAGUUUACCGACACAGUACGGGGUGAGGACUUCUCCAGCUGGCAGUCCAAGAGAAAGGUGAUCUGCCGUCACUUACUGGAGGUUGCCGAAGACAAAGGUAUCGACCUUGUAUUUCAAGGCAUGCUGGAGAUCUCCUUCGAUUCCAUGACUGCGAAGCAGAUAGGAUCCUUGCUUACCAGCGUGUGCAGAGAUUCAACGAUUUCUGUUAUUCGAUUCUCUGGUGCACUCCAUUCUCGAGACGUCUCGACGAUUCUGCGAGCCCUUGCUGCAUUGCUGACCUAUGACGAUCGUCCCUGGAACUCAGUGGUCUUGCAGGCUGAAAUUGGAGAGUGCGAACUUGGUCCUUGGAUGCAUGCCAUGAACAGAGCUAGUCGGUUUUUGGAAGACUUGGCCAUUCGUUGCAACAUCCCCAUUGCUCUUGACAUUUUUCACUAG